CGGCCGUAAAACGAGCCCUGAGCGAUCCGCCUCGGCUGGUCGAAGGCCGAAGCGACGGUUGUUUGCGCAGACUUUGGUGCGUGCGCCGACUCCCGCGAGCAGAUAGACUGAACGCUGCCAUCCACCCACCAGCCAUGACGAGGGUCAAGAAGUGGUACUCAGUGCGCUACCACGAGCGGUGGUGCUUCCAGUCUGCAAAGGCGUGCAGAAAGCUAAGGGAGGGGCUGGUCAAGGUGGAGGGGGACAAGGGAGGGGGCCUCCUUCUCACGGUGACGCUCUACGAGGCCAAGAAGGGGGGCGGCAAAGGCCAGAUGCUGGGAAUGGACCAUCUGGACAUCAGGAAGAUGAAGGAGUGCCGGUACGGAUAUAUGCAUGCACACAGCACAGAGCCCACGGGCCACGAUGUAUGCAUGCAUGGUUAUUUGCAGAGUGAAGCACAUCCGCAAGCUGGUCAACCAGGGCAAGUGGAAGGUGGACAUCGACAAGGACGACGAACUGUCGAAGGACGAGGAGCCCGACUCCUCCGACGACGAAUGCGAGUACGAGUAGCUGCUGCAAGGGGAAAGGCAGAGGCAGGGGGGACAUGUAGCUCUGCCGGUCGGACACACGUAGAUAAUGAGAUAGAUCCCACAAUUCCGUCCACUUCCUCUGGCUGGCCGGCGGGCUGGCUAUCCCUAUGUCUGUGUGAUGGGAUGGCUGCUGCGAGCGAGCGUUGCGACAUGCCACAGAGAGAGAAACGACACCUUAGACUCGGCCAUCCUCGUGCAUGUGGAACACUCGACACUCCCUCGUGCAUGUUGAGGACACGUGAACGUCAAC